AUGUACCUCUGCCUUUUCGUUUACAGGAACUUUCUCACAGCUGGUAGAAAUAAUUGUGAAUCAAAGAUACUCAUCGUUCAGUGUGAUUAUGAUGAAGCUUCUCAGAGUGCUAAUCUUAUUGCAUCUGCAAAGUACUCAUCCAUAAAUGAAAUCAGAAAGACGGUCCCAGAGAACAUGGGACAAAGAGUGUUUGUCUACUUCAUAUCAAGACUGCCUAGAAUGAUUGGAGGAACUUCCUAUGUUGGAUUCCAUGGAGGACCCUGGAAAUCAGUUCACAUUGACGACCUUAGAAAAUCAAAUGAAAUUAUUUCUGACAUAAAACUCCUACAAAGAAUGACAAUCAGUCAGUUGUUUGAAAACAACGUGAAUCAACCUGAAGCCAUGGAGGUCGAUGAUGACAUGUAUGUGGAGACAGAAAAGAAGAACACAGACUCUGAGGAGUAUGAAAAUAUAGACUGA